AUGGAAUCGUUUAGUAAAGAACUAGCCCUUGCAAUACGAUUGACAAAGAUUCUUUCAGUAAUUACUAUUCAGGGUAAAGAAGAAGUCACAUGCAACCCAACCAAAGAAUUCUUUGAUGAAAUAAAGGAGCAUCUCGGCUCAGAACUUUCCCCUCAACUCCGAAUCAAAGCUCUUUAUUUUCUGGUCCGAAUAACUCAAAAGCCUUACACUCAGUUGUUGGUGCAGGAGCAAGAAUAUGCUCUAUGGCUAGCUUUGGCGCUUUUAGAAAAGCACAGCAGCUAUCGGCCACUAAUUUUUAAAUCUCAAUUAUUAUGGUGCUUUUCUAUGAAAUUACUAUAAAAAUAAAAAAAAAAAAUAUAAAUUGAUAUUUAUAUAGAAAAAUAUAGCUUUAAAAGUGCUUGGAAAUCUUGGCUUGUAUCUCCAGCAUCAAGAAUUAGUGACUGAAGAAGAACAAAACUCCUGGCAGCGCUGUGAACCUUUAUUGACUGCAUUAUUUCAAUUUCUCCACAAAAAUCAGCCUUUUACAGUCUCCCCAUGCCCAACCUUUUUGGAAUCGUCAUUCCCCGCCUUCUUCAUGCCUGCGGCCCUUCCUGAUGAUUUUACCUCAGUUAAUUUAGAAAAUUCAGUCCCACAAAAUUUUUCUUUAUUUGAUGAAGCUUAUGCAGCACAAAAAGUUUUUCUAAAUUUUAUUACUGGCUUCUAUAAUAAUUUUAAUAUAAAUAAUUAUUUUAUAAAAAAAAUUAAAAAUAUUUUUAUUACUCAAGUGUUUAAGCACUACAACUCACCAAUUCAUAUGAUUUAUAUAUUACUAGAUCUAAUAGCAACCAGCUGCAAAGUGACUGAUUAUGAAGCUUUUACCUCAGCUUUAGAAAGCUUCAAGGCUUGAAAUGAUAUGCGAAACGACGUCGGGAUGAGCUCACAGCUAAUAGUCCUCUUCGGAAGAAUCGAGCUAGGCGAAAAUGUCCCUCAAAGUUUAAAUGAACAAAUUUUAUUACAGCUUUGCAAACUUCUUAUAUACAACGAGCAGCAUUUUUCACAAUAUUACAUUGAUUUGCUUAAUGAAAGCACAUUGAUUGACCUAUGCACUGCAAUUAUUGAGAGGCUGCAGCCUAUUUCUGCUGACAGUUCUUUGCAUCUUCCUCCUUUAAAAAUUUCUGGAUAUGGAAAAGAGCACUAUGAAGAAGCUGACACGUCUCCUGAGGAGUUUUGUACUUACCACAGAACAGGGACAAAUUACGAAAUGCAGCAUUGGUAUUACUGCUAUACCUGCAAAUUGGUAGCUAAUAAAGGUACUUGUAAUGUGUGCGCUAAAAAAUGCCAUGCCGGGCAUCAAGUUGUGUAUUCGAGAAAGGGGAAUUUUUUUUGUGACUGUGGAGAUAAUCAAGGAUCGCCAGCUUGUAAAUGUAUGCCGAAAGGGGCAAAGAGAAAAUCUCACGCGUCCAAGAUGUUUGAAAGAGAGCAAGAUGAAAUUGAAAUUAGAUAUACCAUUAAUAGUAAAUAGUUUCUUAAAAUAAAUCAGAAAAAUCUUGAAAAAAAUAAUAAUUUAUUAAUAUUAAAUGCUUUUUCUUAUAAAAAAAAUAUAUGAGGAUUUGCAUUCCAGCGAGCUGCGUGACCUUCUUGGAAGAGAAGUUCCUUACUUUGGCAACCCUAGUGACCAAGGACGACUUCGCAUCCACGAGCUUCAAAUUCCUUCUCUCUACUCCUCGCCUCAGCGUUCUUUGGGCUCUGCCUUUGUCCAAAUGGAAGAGCUGCCUCAAUACCAGGAAUUCAGUGGUAUCAAUAUUUCUUCUCCUCCUUAUGAAAUCCACAGCGAAGACAUCCACAGUGAAUCUGACGAGGAAGAAAAAAAAGGCUUCGAAGAAGACUCACUCCCCCCUUUAAAUUGAAACAAAAUAAGGGUAAAAUUUCCAUUUUUUUGGACUUUAAACACUCUUGACCUAAUUUAAAAAAUGCAAGUAAAAAUCUUAUUUAAACAGUUUUUAAAAUUAAUUUUUAAAAUUCAAAUAUAUUGCGUUCAAUUUAUUUUUUAAUUUUUAAAAAAAUUUAAUGUAAUUAUUUUUUUAGGAAAAUUUUUGUUUUGAUUUAAUGGGGGAGUCAGGAAUGGAAAUUGAAAUAGAAGAUAGUGAACUGAAUGAAUCAGAAGAGGAAGAAGAAGAGGAAGAAGAGCCAGAAGAAGACUCCAAAUCUCAAAUCUCCUCAGACGCUUCUGAAGAAGAAAAACCAAGCUCCCCUAAAAAGCAAAGCCCAAUGAAAAAACAGCUUCCUUUGGAGACCUUAGAAGUAUGUGAAGCAGCAAUGGGACUAGUUAAAAGAACACUGGCAAGACUAACAGACACGCAUGCAGAGACUAUUAAAGGGCUAUUUUACCCUAAAAUAAUUGAGUAUUCUAAGCAGCUGUCUAAAGUCCUUUGUACGUUCAAAGGAAUAGCUUCACCUUUAAAAGUUCCGUAUACAGACCAUAGAGAACUAAAAGAAUUAACCUCAAAAUACCCAGGGAUCAGAAAUAGUUUACUCCCCCCUUUAAAUUGGAGCAAAAAUUCUCCAUUAAUUUAAAGGGGGUUAUUUUUUUUUUAAAAUGAAAUUUAUAUUAAAAUAUUUCUAUAAAAUUAUUUUGAAAAUUUUUAAAAUCUUAAAAAAUAUAAAUGAGCAUUUAUAAAGGAAUAAUUAAAAAUAAAUUAAUUAAUUCAGUGUGAAAAAAAUAUUUAUAUUAUAUUCUUAUGGACUUUUUCCAAUAAAUUAUGUGAAAACGAAUUUUAUUCAAACUAAUAUUAUAAAAAUUAGAAUUCUCAUUUAUUUAAUUUUUUUUUAAAAAAUUUUAAAUAGAAAAUUAAUCGAUUCAAUUUGAAAAAUGUUUAAAUAGCAUUCUAAUUUCAUUUUGUCUAUCAAAUUAAGUUAAACUAAUUUAUAAAUUAGUAUUUUUAUCUUUAAUUUUUUUUUUCAAAAAGUUUUUAAUUAUUUCUAUAAAGAAUUAAAUGAAAAAUGAAUUGAUUCAGUGUAAAAAUUGUUUAAAUAGCAUUUAACUUGCAUUUAAUCUACUAAAUUGGGUCAAAAAUAAUUUUUAAAACUAGUAUUUUCAUCAAACAAAAUUUUCACAUUAAAAAAAUUUUGAUCCAAUUUAAAGGGGGUGAUUUAGCAAUUUGUCAUGAUAUAGGCGUUGUCCUAUCCGCUGAAGGAAACAGACUGUUAUCUUUAGACUCUUCGCUAUUUAGCACACAAAUAAAAUGUUUACUUGCCUAACCCUUCUGUCUCUCAUACCCUUAGGGUUAUGGGUCUAAGAGGGCUCAGGGUCUGGUAUUUUGUGUCUGGAUUGUGCUUUUUCUCCCUAGUUGAGACACCACAACAGUGUGUUUUACACCGACCCAUAGACAAGUAGGCCAGAGUCCAUAAGACAACUCGAUACUUCGGGUGCGGGGACAAUGGGACCAGGAGGAGGAUUCGGGGUCGUCUCUUACCUCCCAUCCCCGGAUAUAUGAUUCCGACAUCAAGAAGUUGUCCAAGGAAAUACCCGGGUGCGUCUUUCCGAGAUGGCGACCUUACCAUUUUUAGCGAUAUCGACAGAAAAGUGGAGGCCAAUGCUUAGGACGAGAAGUCUGAAUUCAGCAAGACAGAAAGGAGCUGAAAUAAAACCCCGAAGACCCAUUCUAACUUAAUCUAAUCACUAUUUAACUGUACUGGAAAUGAAGUAGAAAGGUCUAAUAUUACAGUUCUUGCCAAAAAUGUAUUUCCUUUCCACAUCAUGUCAAUCACAGUCAACCCAAAUAACAGCCGACUAGUCGCAAUUUGUGGAGUAAACCAAUGCGCAUUUAUCCAGCUUACUAAUAAACAGCAUAAAGGGCAUAUUGAGAAGAAAAUUUCUUUCAGCUUAAUCAGUGGUGAGUCUAAGCUGAUUAUAGUAAAAUCAAGAUGACUGCCAGGCUCACAGACAGAAUUAGCGAUCUGUACAACAGAAGAUAUCAGGAUUUUUGACUUUUCAAGAGACAUUAUUUGUCCAGUGAAAUGUUUUAGAUCUCUGGCUAUUGAUUUAACAGAUUUGGUUAUAUAUAAAAACAUUCUCAUUGCAAGCAGUUCUUCAGGGAUUUUAUAUAGACAGGAAAUAAUAGACACUAAUGAGCCUUUGUAUAUGAGUGAGUCUAUACAGCUGCCGAGCUAUCUUAAUAAUCAGAAAAUUAUUUCAGUCAAUUGGUCUGAAGCUCAAGAAGUUUUAUAGGGAAAAAUUAUUUUUAUAGGAAAAAUUACUGUAAUUUAUCUAAUUUUUAUGAGGACCUUUUAAUAGUGUCACUAUUAGGUGGAAGAUGCAUGUUUGGGAAAUUAAAUAGAGAGGCCACAGCUUUUACUAAUGAUUUAUAUUUAGAUUUCCAAAAUGAGCAGAGUUCGGCAUUUUUGUCAUGGACUUCUGCAGCACUUAACCAAAUUUUGUCUGUGCCUACAGUAGAUUCUCUAGUAUGUGUAGGGCUGAAUAGAAAAAGCAGCUCGAUACCAGUUUUGGUGAAAAUUACUGAUGAAAAAUGCACGCUAAACCCACUGAAAAAAUCUACAGGGUAUGUAGAAGGGAUUUGUAUUUAUUCUCAUAAUGGGAAACAUAUAUAGAGCAAGCACGCUAUUGGAUCGCUGUGCUCCUGACGUCUUUGAAAGAGUCGGGGGAUUGAUUUUGCCAACAAAUACUGAUAAAACCAACUCCAAAAUGGAAGAUCUAUCAUAUUGGGUAGAUUUGUUUAUUAUUGGAUUGGUUUUACCAUCAUUUGUUGGCAAAACCAAUCCCCGAUUCUCUCAGUAGACGUUAGAAAUACAGCAAACCAAUAGAAUGCUCGCGCUAUACUGCUUAGUCAGUAUGAUGAUGGCUCUUUGUUGACGAAUUCUAUAUUAUUAGAUGAAGAAACCCAGGACUCCCAUGUAGAUUUAUACCUAUUUAUCAUGAUUUAAAACAGUUUUUAAUAUGCCCCUUACUACCAAGAGCUUUCAUUCAUUAUAAAUCGGCAUAGAAUCUCUCAAUAAGUACCUUACUUUAGAUCAUUUGCCUCAAACCAUCACAAUGCCUAUCACAUUUUUCGAAAAAGCUAUACCACUGAACACCAUGCGUAUGUUUGGUGCCCAAGGAAUCAAUAGAAAUGAUGUCAUUAUAUCAGGAGACCCCGCAAUUGCCUUUGGAAACAGUAAAAUUGCCCUAGAAAAACUGUCAUUUGACAGAAAUGCUGAUACUGCAGGACUUAUAUCAACAGCUCUGCCUGAUCCUAGCACUAUCACAAUAACAAUUUCUUUAGAAGGGACGUCUGCUAGUACCUUGGUUUUGUGUGGAUUUAAGCUAUUUGUAGAAACUGGGCCAUGCUCACAUAUAGAAAUAAUGAAUAGAAAAAUCCAAUUACAGUAUCAGAAAAGAUGGUAUGACUUGCCUUUGUGUGAUAUAGAAAUCGUGAAAGGGUAUCUGAAUAAACAAAUUACAGUCAAAAUUGUGACGCAAAAUGCAGGGAGACACCCCAUAAGGCUUUUUCAUUUUGAAAUUUUCGGAUUCAGCCAAGCGACCUUUGCGUUGGAUUCAAAAUUGGUAGAGCUUAGCAAGGCAGCUCUUGGGCUUGCAAAUUCAGAAGACCAGAUAUACUUUUUUCUUAUAAAUAAUAAUAAUUUAUUUUUUAUCACGCCAAAGGCGUCUUUGAUUUCUCUUAAACCAUUUAAACCAGCUAUUCUUUAUUCAUAUAAAAUGAAUAUACUCUCCUAUAAACACUUAAAUUGGAAGAAAAAAUUUUCCACCCUCGACUCCCUCCCAGGCCAACAAAAAGAGCUGAUAGUCUAUCUAAAUGCAUUAGCCUCCACAAUCCCUACAAACUGCUCAGUAGACUCGAUAAUCUCAUUGAUAAUAAAUUUAUCAUAAAUAAAAUGGCAUUCGGUUCGAGAGAAAUUAGCUUUGCUAAUUUUCUCUUCCUCAUGGAAUUUUAUUUAUAGGGUUAGGUUUUCACUCGAGAACUUCUGGACAGCAAUAGCGGUUUAACUCUGGGGAUAACCAGAGGAACUGCUCCUCAGUCCUCUCAAGAUUUCGGGCUUUUACCUCUCAGCACAUCCCCACAGGAGGAUGACCCUUAGGCGGAACACACACAGGAGCUGAGUCGAGAGACAAGGGCGACGGCAUCGCGCCGGGUGAGACGUGCAGCAAGGCUGGUGAAGCAGGAGUUGAUAGAAGGCUUGGCCAGGGCUGACCUGUUCCAAGAUGGCUCGCCUACGUCACUAGUUUUGCCAUAGGUCCUUUUUGGGCUGCGGCACUAGACACCUUAAACACCAGAUAAUUAAGUUAAGUUAAGUUAAGUUAAGAUAAUAAAUUUAUCAAUCCAGAAUUUUUCGUCGCCAAACAGCCUCUAUUCAAUAGCUAUCAAAGACUGCUUGAAAAAUCUAUUGUCCUCUAUGGGUCUUGAAGAAAAUUACACAGCUCUAAAAGGGCUCGUGCUUUGCUACUCUAUGUCAGCUAUUGAAAAACCGUCAGAAAAACUGGCUAAAGCUGUAGUAAAAUCUCUAAGCCACCUCAUAAGAGACCAGCUGCCUUUAUUUUUCUUUUUGCUGAACUCCAACCCUAAAAUCUGUUCUUUACUUGACGAAACUUUAAAUUCCACCACAAAACUGCAAAUUUUAGACGAUUUUUUAAAAGUUUUGCUAUACGCAGCACAGUUUUUUACAAAUAAAGCUAUAAAAGAUAUCAAUGAACAAGACAAAAUUGCGGCGAUUUACCAUAUGAACCCGAUUUUGACUGAAGAGCCGAUAUCAAUUAUUAUUAAUUUACUUAAAUCGGCAAAUAGUGGAUAUAAAGAAGAAAUUAUUACAAAAAUAAACCAGCAUGCUAAAAAACAUGCAAAAAUGUGGCUGAAACAAGUUAAUGAAAAAUCACCGUAUUUGGUAACAAAUGCAAUGCCACUGAUAUAUGAUGAAUCGUUGAUGGACAUUUCUACACAAAUUCAGGCCAUUUUGAGCAUAAGUGAAAAAAUUGAGACGAAUAUUUAUUGUGCAGAUGUUUGCCAUUUAUUAAUAUACUGCUUUGUUUAUUUUUUUUUAUGAGAAUUGUGCACAAUCCUCUUUUGUAGGUAUCGUCUGGCUUUUUAGACCUGCCAAAAUGAUAUUGAGAUUUUGAGUCUAUAAAUAAAAUUGACAAACCAUAAUAUAUGAAUUUUUAUGAAUUUCUCAUUUGUGUGCAGACUGAAAAGGGCCGCUAUAUCAAGUUGAUGGGCUAAUGUGCAUGCUUGAUAAACUGGUAAAGCUGAUCGAGAAACUGUGGAUAAAAGAAGAGUUCGAAGACUCAAGGUACUAUACUUUGAUCUCAAACUCCAUUAAAAGAGAGCUAAACAUGGUAUCUCCAGCUCAUGAAAACGAAGGCAGAGUUUACUUUUUGUUUUUUACGAAUAUUUUGACAUCUUAUUUCAGACCCAAAGAUGAUAUAUGAUUCUACACUGAAUUAAAACCAAUUAAAAAAUUAUUUUUUUAUUUUAACGAAAAUAGCAUAAAUACUCAAAAGCCCACAAAAUCCACAGAUCAAUCGUCACUUCCCUUAUAAGGCAUUUUAAUGACGAAACUUUCAGCAAGCUCUUCCACCAGCUUCAAGUCAGCUAUACCCGCUUUUCGACCGGAAAAGGAAGCAUAAAGGCAGUCUAUAAAAAUGAUGUGCUUGAAGAAGUAGUCGAAGAAAGAAAUCACCUUGAAUUAAUCAAGCCAGAAAAUCCUAUGCUAAUGAAUGAAUGGGAAGGCGCCUUUGGAAGCGAAAUUUUCGCUACAGAACUUGACCAAUUUUUAAUCAGCAAUUUAAUUGAUUUGUGCUAUAAUUUAGUCACUGGCUCUAAUUCUGAGGUAAUUGAGAAGCAAAAAGAUAUUUUAGAACUAAUUGAUGGAGGCAUGCAGAUUGAGAUGACAAGUCAGAAGCCUUGCCAGCUGUCGAAUGAUUGGGUGAAUUUGCUGAUAAAAAUUCUGCUAGAGCCUUCUCUACAGUUCUUGCAGCCUUCUGCAGAUAAAUUGCUGCAGUCUGCAUUUUUGGAUAGAAAAGAAUAUUUGUUGGCUUACCAUAUGCAAAAAAUUGAUGCAAAUUUGGCGAGUAUUACUAAAGUGAUGACCAAGACUUCUGAUUUCCGGGCUGCUUCUUAUCAUGAUACUUUAGGCUUGCUGAAACAGCUAACCCAAAUAAAAAGCACAAUUUUGAACAGCCAAGAAAUUUUGCCUGAAAUUUUUAUCCUAUUUAAAUUUUCCAAAAUUUUAAAAAAAAUCCCAAAAAAUCUUAUUUUCAUAAAAAAAUUAAAAUUUCUUUUAAUUUCUUAUAAACAAUGUCUGCAAAUAAGAAUAAAAAAUUUAUCACAGAAUCCAACACACUAAGAAUGCUAAUUACAAUGUCACUAACUCUUUUACCCCCAGUAAAUCAAGAAUGUUUAAGCAUUCUCAACUCAAUCAUCAAGACAGAAAAUCUCCAAGAAGCCAAAAUUUUCGUAGAACAAAACUCUUACAUUUGGGAAGAGCUGCUAGAUACCCACUUGCCUAUAAUGAUUGACAAACUUUCGUUAUACGGUGACACACAGUUUGCUAAUUAUAUAGCAGACUUGCUGCUAGGACUAUCUAGGAUUGCUAAUUCUUCUCAAAUAAAAAAACUGGCCGUGCUUAUGCUUGACAAUUUCCAAACUAUGAUAAACCUUGGGGUUAAUUCGAAAUAUUUUUUAGCAAAUAAUCUAGCUAUAUUAAAUAUCAAAAAUGCCUUAAUUUCUAUUUUCCUAAUUUUUACUUAAUAAAUAUCAAAAAUACUAAAAUUUCCUUUAUUUUCCUUUAAAAAGCAUAUUAUUGAAAUGAUGAAUUCAAUUUCCUUCAAUAAAAACAUCUACCAAGCCUUCUGCAAUGGCAUUGUAACGACCAUAAAUAAAUCCUCAAAUAAAUUAUCAGAAAAUAUUGACGCUGAGGUAUAUGACAUUUUAAUGACAAUUUUCAGUACUACCGGCUUCCAUUGGUUUAUCCUGGACCCAGAGCCUUGUUUAAAAUGUUUUGGUGCUGAAGAAUACAAACUUGGGCUUAUGAAGCUUGUUGACCUACAAAGCGAAAUCAGAUUUUCUGAUUCUUGCUUUUUCACGAGAUUUAAAGAUCCUGUCAAGGUCAGCAAAGUUGAAAUAAAACUGACUGAGCUCAGAGGCCACAAAGCAAUUACAGGAUGUACAUUAUAUUUUUGCAAUAAAGAUUCACAAGAUUUAACCGAACUUAAAAACAACUGGAGCGUUUGGCAUAAAAUUAAGACGGUGAAUAUAAAGCCUGCAUCGACAAGUAUGAUAGAAAUUGAUUUGCCUACAGAAAUUACUAUGCUGAACCUAUUGAUAGAGCUCCACACAGUAAAUGUUAUAUACCAUAAUAAUAAAAAAAUAAAUAAAUUGGGAAUUUUUAGGUAGGAUUUUAAUUAGGUGAUGGGAUAAGAGAUAAGAGUCUCACAAGAUGAAUCAGGACAAGGGAUAUAUACAGGAAGAUAUUUAAGCGGAAGAAGCAGAUAUAGCUUUUUGAGCAGCAAUAAAGCAGAAAUCAAAGGCGAUGUUGUAGGAGUUUCUGUAGGAAAUGAGAGAGAAGUCAUUCCUUGUCCUCGAUGCAAUAAAGUAGUAGAAGACAAAUAUGGGAUUUGCAGCUGUGGAGAAAACGCUUUCCAAUGCUUGCAAUGUCGGAAUAUUCCAUUUUCUGACAAAAAAUAAUUAGUAAUUGACCUUUUUUUUCUUUUUUCUUAUAAAAUAGUGAUGAGUCUUAGAUUACAUUUUUAUUAUUUUUAUAAUCCCUAUAUCAAUUAAUAGGAUGGUUGUAAUAAAUAUGUCCUUGCUGAAGAUGAACCACUUUGGGUGCUAAAGUCGCUUUAUAGCCUAAGACAAUGUUCAGGCCCUUUAAUCCUAACCCUUAGCAUGCCUUGAGCUUCCUUAUGGGGUGGGUAAUCCUUGGGAGUCAGCUGGGGCUACUCCAGUCCAGGUAUUGAUUAUACGAUAGUUAUUUGGCUAUGAGUUUUAUCCCUGCGAUUCUAGAGGAUCAUGAUUCGUUUUUCCUAGGUGUAACUCCUCUCAAGAUGGCCGACAGGAGUCAUCAGGCUAGCUUUACCUCUAUAGCACCCGUAGACGUGAAGCAAAGAGGAAUCCUCCUAACCCAUCAAGACUCAGGGAUAUCGGUGCAAGCCCAAGUCUCAGGGGUAGACGCUGUUAAGACUGGGUUCAAAUAGCAACAUAACGUAGCUAAAGGAACACUAAAUGGAAAAUUUUUGCAAAAGCGCUGAAAUUGAAGGAUUUGGGUUUUGAUAUGGAGACUGCUAUGAAGAUGCUGGACGCAUGUGGAGGAGAUGUCGAUUUAGCGUUUUGCAUACUAAUAAAACUCUGGAACUUCUGUUGCAAAUGAAUUAGAUGGCGUGAAUGAAUACGGAUAUUAUGAUUAUCAAGAUGAAGGCUUAAGGCUUACACUAGCAUAUGCUGGAGCGUCUUACUGCAUGGAUGAAGAUGUUGAUGAUGAAGAUGAAGUUGGUGGAGAUCGCUAUGAAAGUCUUGAAUGUGGAUAUUUGGAAUUUGAAGAAACAGAAGAAAAAAUUGAAAAAACUGAAAAAUUAAACGAAAAACAAUGAAAACAAAUGAUAAUUGACGAAGAUAUAUGCUUUGUGAAGUAAUCACAUGGCCAGCUCGAGAGAAGAAUUUGCCGCGCAAAAGAGAGAACAAGGGAAUUUAAAUUAAAAAUGGCUGCAGCUGAUGACGCAAGAUGAAGAAGUGAAGAGCUUGUGACAAAUUAAAAAAUAACUGAGGAAUGUUGGAUAUUUGAAGGAAACCUAAAAAAAAAUUGAGGAAAUUCACGGAAAUUCAAUAAAUGAAGAAAAUGGGGAAUUCAGGAAAAUUAAUAAAUAUUGAAGAAAAUUGAAGAAAAAACGGGAGAAAUGCUGCUCAGGCAGCGAUAGAUAAUUUUAAUAAUAAGACUGGGUUCAUCCAUCUGAUUUCCUCCCUGCAAGCAGGUUCCAUGGCCACAAGCGUGCGGAGACAUCAAACCUGGAAAACUUUAAAACUCUUAAUUUAUAUCAAUUAUGAAAAUUUAGACGCAUUUCUAUGCACUGAGUGUGGAGAAAGCCGCUAUUGCAAAAUCGAAAUUCUCCUACAAUGCAGCAUUGACGCAAUCUACGAAAGCAUCACCUCUAACAAAGAACUGUCUGACGCCGAAGCCAAAAUUGACACUUAUCUAGAAACUAUCCAAUCUUAUUACGAGCAUUUGCCAAAAAGCAGAGAAACCUUAUGCAGCUUGGCUAAUAAGCUGAAAGGGUACUCUUCAAAAAAAGAAUUCAAAGACCAAGCCCAAAAUAAAGAAUUUUCGCCUAUUAUUUAUAAUUUAGGAGUAAUUUUGAAAGAAUUCCAAGACUCUUAUUAUGAUGUGAUGAUCUGCGUAAAGUCUGUUGUGCUAUUGAGACAUGCGAUUAUGAACUAUAAAAGAUCAGAAACAACUGUAGGAAGCUUAGCGAUGGAAAAUUCAUUGACAAACUGCUUUGGGUGUAAUUAUCACUAUUUAAAGCAACUGCUGAAAAGCUUGAAAAUGCUUAUUCCCCAUUAUUAUUAAAAUUUGCCAGGGAUUUUCAUAUUUUUUUAUAUAAUAAAUUUAAAUAUAUAAUUUUUUAGUCAGCCAACUUGAUCGAAAUAUAGCGGCUUGUUCAAUGAGAGUUAGAAAUAAGCAAUUAAAAGAAAUGCUGAUAAAUGAAUACAAUAUUAUAGACAUUUUAGUACAAAAUACUAUAAGAAGCUACAGUCAGCCUAUAAGGAAAAAAGGCAGAAAAGUCUUAAUAGAGCUUGCCUACGAAAGUGAAGCAGGCUGCAGGCAGCUUUUCAAGAUGAUAAGGUCUCAUAUCACCUCCAUGCUAGGCUGGAAGCCUUUCUUAGUCACCAGUGUCCGCGAGGAAGUCCAGCUUCUCCUAGAAUUUACCUCAAAAUUCCUCCAGCCCUCGCCCACCGAAUCCUCCACUAUUUCUGAACUAACCCUUAAAGAAUUCUGGCAUAUUUUCUUUAUAAUGCUAGAAAAAAGUUGGGAAGAUUCCAGGGUUGGCGAACUCAUUUCCAGCUUCCUUGACUCUAUUUUAGACAUGAUUUUCAAGACCCUUAUCCUAAUUCCUGAUAUUGACAAUAUCCCGACUGAUCCUGGACUUGCUGAACUUUUUAUUAGCAACCCAGCCUUUAUAAAAACCAGGGAAAGCCUUACCAAUACUAAUGAAAUUUUUAUGAAGUCGAUUUUAAAUGGCUCCUGCUAUGGACUUUAUGAUAAAUGGCAAAAUAGCCAACAAGGAACGCCAAAUAGUCAGAAAUUUUUACUGAAAAAUAAUUGGCUGGUGGACUGCUUGCUGUAUGCAGGGUCAGCGAGGGUUCAGGACUUAAGUAGAAUGAUAUUGUUGUGCUUGGCGUCGUCUGGGAUAUGGGAAGAAGUGCUUAAAAUUAUAUUGGAGGUACUGCCACAAGCCCUAGAAGUGUCACAUCAAGGGUCUGAUUAUUAUUUUACGCUUCUCUAUUCAUUGAACUUUUUGAAAAAUUGUGAGGAGAAUUUGGUACUGGGUGGCUGGCAAAUUUAUACAGCCUAUGGAAGGUGGAUCCAUUCUUUUGGAAGGUCUCUGGUAGGUUUUUGCCUAGCAGGAAACCGGAAAGGCUUUUUUCCUUGGCCCACAGGUGAUAAAAUCGGAGGCGCAAAGUCGGCUUAAACUUCUGGGAAGAAAUUUUUGCCCGAUAAGUCCUGGUAAUACAGAAAGAUGUUUCCCUCAUGCCCUGAGCACUAUAAGGGCUAAGAGAGUCCUCUGCUGCAGAGUUGGGCCUGGUGAGUCUCCGAGAGACUACUGAUGUCACCAUUUUUUGGUGACAUCGACAUGAAAAGGGCGUGGUGUUACGCCAGCGCCUAAGGCUGCUUCAGCUUGAAGCCAGUGAUGGACGGAGAGGGCUAAAAUAAAUCCUAAAAUUUAAUCUAAUCUAUUCAUUACUGAUUGAAAAAAACUGCACAACUAGCAAGGUAUUAGAGCAGCUAUUAAAAGCGACUGAACUUUGCGUCCAACAAGUCCUCGCAGAACAAGAAAAAGCCCAAGCUAAAGGUGCCUAUAUAGUCAACAUCUCCCUUGGCCAUGGACUUGUAUGUCUCCUUGGCAUGAUUUCUAAUCUGUCUUCUUUUCUAUGGGGCAAAGAAAUCAUCAGAAAUUCCAAAAAUCUCGCAAAUUAUAUCAUGAAUUCGUUCCUUAAUGUCAGAAAAAUCCAUUUCGUGAAAAAUAAAGUAAUAUCAGAAAGCCAAGGAUAUUUAGAAAAAUUAUUUGAUUUAUUACACCUGGAUUGCUCUGAAGAACAGAGGCAUAAUUUCUUGCUAGAAUGCAUUGAGGCACUUUUACAAAGACAAGAUGAUCCUUUAGCACAAAGCUUCCUUAUUCAGCAGAUUACAAGGAUUAUUGCUCCGGCGAAGCCGGAGCCAGUUUAUUGCUUGAAAUUGGAAAAAGCGCCGACACAAGAAGAAUUUAUUCGAGGAAAUAUGGAGAAAAAUCCUUAUUCAAGCAAAGAAGUAGGGCCGCUGAUGUCAAAUGUAAGAGAGAGGAUAUGUAAAGAGUUAGAGUACAGUGAUCCAGAAAUUUUAGAAUUAUUGGUUGCAGAACAAAUUGUUGCUCCUUCACUGUCAGUUAAUGACGUGUAUGAGCAUGUUUUAUGGCCAACUCUAUGCUAUUUAACUAAAAAAAACCCUAAUAAAAUUAUUUUUUAAAAAAAUCAAAAUUCAACUUAAAAAAGCAUAAAAAAUCUCAACCCAAAAUACCAAGGAAAAAACCCUUCAGAAUUUUCCCCUGAAGAGCUUCCUCCAAUGAUCAUCACUUUUAGACUAGCUGGCUUAGACGGCGAAGCCACUGAAAACAUUAUAGAAUCAAUCCCAGGAACCGGCAACAUAGAAGAAGACCCAGAAAUAAAAUACGCAAUUACCUCAGUUCUUGGCCAAGACAUUAAAGGCUCUAGUAUGAUUGCAUAUUGUUUAGAAUUACUCAGAAGCUCCUGGGUCCAGCACGUUUCUGACUCAGUGCUUAACCUUCUCUAUUAUUCUUGCCAAAUCUCUAUAAACAGACACAAGCUCUGUGAAACUGGAGGAGUCCCAGUCCUUUUUGAUAUUUUACAUAGGAUCCCUGAGACUGAAUUUAUAAACAUCUUAAAAAUCAUCAGCUUGCUUAUAGAAGACCCUAACACCCAGCCAUAUAUAGCCAGAAGUGCAGAACCCAUCAAAAUUAUGCUGAAUUUACUUAUGAAAUACCCGAUGUCUGAAAAUUUGCAAAUGUUCACCAAGAUUACUCAUUUUCUGCCUUACCUUUGCCAUACAAAUUAUCAAGCUUGUAGAGUCCUUGUUAAUUUUUUCAAAACCCAAAUAAAUAUUUCGUCAUUUAACCAGUCCUUGCCAGCCACCCAAGAAAUUUUAUCAUGCUUAGUCUUAAUGCUGGACAACCUCCCAGCUGCCCAUUCCACUUUACGUGAUGAAUUUCUUUCCUCAGGACUAACCCAGCAGUCUGUAACUGAGUUUACCAAUCUUGAUCCUUACCAAAUCAGCCCACAGAAUGCAGUCUCCAUCUUAAAAGUCCUCAAAGGCUUAAUGAGAGCUCAUCCUCCUUCCCAAAGUUUACUAAAACCAGCCCUUAUCGAAAAAAUUUUCAGCAUGAAAAAUGCGUCCCACGACAUCGGCCCAGCUGCAGAAAUGCUAAUUGAGGCCAUUUUAGACAACAAAAAGUCUAGCAACCCAGCAGUCAGUGAUCUUUUAGAAAUAAUGAUUUUAAAUGAAGACGAGCAGCGCCGAGAAAAAGCCAACAAAAAACGAGAAGAGGUUCUGAAGCAGUUCCAAGUCCCUGAUUUAAACAAAUUUGGAGAUAUGCUAGAUGAAGAAGCUGGCCUAGCCUGUGUGAUUUGUAAAGAAGGGUAUACACUAAGGCCUGACGAUUUAUUAGGAUUUUAUGUAUUUGUAACACCUGUACAGAUACAUACAGGUAUUGAGCAUCCUGCUGGAGAAGGCGACGUUAUUCCUAUUAUGAGCUUGGUAACCCAUUUUAACCCAAUCCACUUAUCAUGCCACAGAGAAGCAGCCAGGGCUGAAAAAAAUAUGAAAAAGCCAAAAUCUGAGUGGGAGGGGGCGACUAUAAGAAAUCAGCAUACAAAAUGCAACAACUGGUACCCGAUUUGGGGGCCAAAAAUAACAAGACAGGACUACUCUAUGGGUGUUCAACGGAUGUUUUCUUCUUAUAAUCUGAUGGAAAGCAGGGUGCAUAACGAAAUCCACAACUUGAGGCUGCAGCUGCAAAGGUUUGGAUUAGAAGAAAGCUUUUCAAAAGAAUCCAAAGGAGGAGGCCCUGAGCAUAAUUUACAAGCAAUCCCGUAUAUGCUACAUAUGAUAUGGUAUUUGUUAGAAGAAGAGCCAAACCAGGUAUCUUUUAUAAAUGAUUCAAUUGACGCUUUUAUGGGCAGCUUGGACAACUUAAAGCAAGACCAGCUUAUUCCUAUUUAAAGAGACUUAUAUUUGGCUUAUUUUUUAAUUUGAUAAUAUAUUAAUCUUUAUAAGAAAAUAUACAUAUUUUAUGACACUUUGCCUUGUUAUGAUGAAGCCUUCGAAAUGGAACGAAAUAAGGCUAGCUUUGGUAGAAGCAGCAAUGAAAUCAGCGAAAAACAGCCCAAGAUUUGAAACAAAAUUGGCGUUUAUUACUGUUGGGAAUGAAGCUUCAACAGGAGAAAAAUGUGUUUUAGGGUCGCUGAGGGUGUUAUUGAUUGUAAUGAGGCUAAUUGAUUUGAUUUUUGGGAUGCUGUUUCAAGGCUUACAAGAAAAUCAGUGGAAAGAACAAACCCAUCAGCUAUUGCAAUCAGGUGAUCCUAUAAUCCAAGACAACAGCAUGGUGAUAUUUGAAGAAUACAAGAGAUUUUUAAACCUCACAAGUUUAGAAGAAGUCUUAAACGUGAUGAAUUUACGUCACAAGAUCCUCGAAAAAUACCAAUCAUUGGCUAAUUGGUUUAAUUAA